AUGGAUCCCAAAGGCCAGAGAGUGAAGCUUAAUGAUGGCCACUUCAUUCCUGUCCUGGGAUUUGGCACUGCUGAAAGAAAAGAGGUUCCUAAGAGUGAAGCUCUGGAAGUCACCAAAUUCGCUAUAGAGGUUGGGUUCCGCCAUGUUGACAGUGCUCAUUUGUAUCAAAAUGAGGAGCAGGUUGGCCAGGCCAUUCGAAGCAAGAUUGCAGAUGGCACUGUGAAGAGAGAAGACAUAUUCUACACUUCAAAGCUUUGGUGCACCUUUCUUCGGCCAGAGCUGGUCAGACCAGCCUUGGAAAAGUCACUGAAAAAUCUUCAACUGGACUAUGUCGAUCUCUAUAUUAUUCAUUUUCCACUGGCUAUGAAGCCAGGGGAGAAAUUUUUUCCAAAAGAUGAAAAUGGAAAACUGAUAGUUGACUCGGUGGAUCUCUGUCACACAUGGGAGGCCCUGGAGAAGUGUAAGGACGCAGGGUUGACCAAGUCCAUCGGGGUGUCCAACUUCAACCACAAGCAGCUGGAGAAGAUCCUGAACAAGCCAGGGCUCAAGUACAAGCCCGUCUGCAACCAGGUGGAAUGUCACCCUUAUCUCAAUCAGAGCAAACUGUUGGAUUUCUGCAAGUCACAUGAUAUUGUUCUUGUUGCCUUCGGUGCUCUGGGAUCCCAACGAAUAAAAGGAUGGGUGAAUACGAACCACCCCGUUCUCUUGGAGGACCCAGUUCUCUGUGCCAUUGCCAAAAAGCACAAGCAAACUCCUGCGCUGGUUGCCCUUCGCUACCAGAUACAACGUGGGGUUGUGGUUCUGGCCAAGAGUUACAACAAGAAGCGGAUCAAAGAAAACAUAAAGGUGUUUGACUUUGAAUUGAGUCCGGAUGACAUGAAAGCAAUUGAUGGCCUCAACAGAAAUAUAAGAUACUAUGAAUUUCUUAUUGGUGUCAGUUACCCUGAGUAUCCAUUCUCUGAAGAAUAUUGACUCUCAG